CAGCUUUUCCUGUCUAUCCGUGAGAAAGGGGUCUAUCAAGCAUGGAUCAUGCUGCAAGCUCCAAAACACUCCCAUGCGACUCCUUGCGCUUAGAUGCCGAUCGAAAAAAUCCCAUAACCAUGCUCCACUUUCCACUCUGAUGGUCAAGAGUUCUUGUCGACGUGAACACUGCCUGAUCCCGACGUCUCGCUUAUCGCCUACCAUUCUUUGUAUUGUACUUCCAUCCAAGGCAGGACAAUGCUUGCGUGAGGCAUUGUCUACAUUCCUUUGUUCUACUACCCUUCAAUGCUUGCAUUGCCGCUCCUUUGACCUCGUCACUCCUUCGUUUGUACUUGUCCACUCCUUUGUCACCUGCGCCGCUGCCUCACCGCUGCCUAUCAGACCAUACCUUCUGCUUGAACUUCGACAGUUCGAGAACCGCUCUUUCAAACAAUCACAGCAUUAUACUCCGAGAGUAUACACAAUCUUUUCCACAAACAAUCCUAGGCGCCAACGCAAGAGAAGCGAACUUCUACAACACCACCAACUUUCCUGCUUGUUUGAUCCGAUCAAACAUAUCUUCUUUCGCCGGACGAAAUAUCGACACCUGCAAACUCUACCCCUGUCGCCAACAUCAUGUCUCUAUCGAAGCUCUCUCUCCGCAACACCCUCCUUGGGUUGCUUGCUGCGGCUCCUCUUGCCUCCGCGCAUAGCUGGGUUGAACAGAUGAUGGUCAUUGCUCCGAACGGCACUCUGGCGGGCAUGCCGGGGUUUGCUCGUGGAAACGUUCUGCGGAGCAGUCCUGGCUUCGGCGAUCCUACCAUGGUCAACCUCAUCCCUCCAGAUGGUCGCACUGUCAACCAGAUCCUACCUUCCGACUUGAUGUGCAAAUCCACCCAGACCUCUCAGACUCAAACCGAUGGUAGUCCAAGACUGCAGGCAGCUCCAGGAUCCGCCGUCGCACUGAGAUAUCAAGAGAAUGGCCACGUCACUCUUCCAGACAACCAACCUGGCAAACCUCAAAACCGUGGUACAGUCUACGUCUAUGGAACUACCAACCCCAGUCCCGAUGACUCCUUCCUCGCCAUUCAUCGUGUCUGGAACGCCGAUGGCACGGGCGGUGACGGUCGUGGUGUUCUGCUAUCUACUCAAAAUUUUGAUGAUGGACAAUGUUACCAAACCAACGGUGGCACCAUCUCUACACAACGACAAGCACAGUAUGGCCAUACAUUCGACGAUCUCAUGGGCAAUGAUCUGUGGUGUCAACAAGACAUUCAGCUCCCGUCGGAUGCUCCAAGCGGCAAACCUUACACUCUCUACUGGGUGUGGGACUGGCCAACCAUGCCAGGGACAGCUGGCUUCCCCGACGGCAAACAAGAAAUCUACACAACCUGCAUGGACGUUGACAUUGUUGACGACAUUGGCGUCGAAAGUUUCUCCCAAGCUUCAGUCAGCUAUGCUGCCGGUCAACCCCUCGAUAACGCUGCCGUUUCUGCUGAACUUGCUGACAUUGCCAACCCAACUGCUGUUACAGGCUCUACUAUCCCCUUCUCCGCCUCUGCCACCGGUCCUGUGGCUGGCGGUGCCAGUGAAGCUAGUGUCUCCGCUGCUACCGAAACCAGCACAGGUAUCCCAGGCUUCUUGUCCGUUCACACUGGCUCCACUGCUGGUCCCGGUCUUGAAACCCAGACUUUCAGCGUCAUUCCAAUCGCUAUCACCGAUGCUCCGCAAGCGGCUCCAACCGGAAACUCAGGCGGACGUGGCGGCAAUGGAAACGGUCGUGGAGGAAAUGGUAAUGCAAACGCCAAUGUUGUCGUCGCUACGGCCACCGAGUAUGAGUCGGUAACUCAGACGAUACUUCAAACUGUGUACAUGACCAAGUACACCAAACGUGAUGUUCCAGAGGCCACAGCUGCACCGGCACCGGCGUCGACUGCGCAUGCUGCCUUCAAACUUCGGGCGAGAAAUCCGUUCGUCUGGAUCUGGGGGUCGACUUCUGCUGAGGCUACACCGACACCGUCUUCAUGAUUUCUCCUCCGAUCGACCCAUUCAGGCGGUUAUUGCUUCCGCAAGUGUGCACGGGGGGUUUGAACUUGGUCAUGUGGGCUUGGGUUCGGGUGAGUGGGUGGCGAAGUUGGUGUCGUGUCGUGGUUUGUGCCAUAUUCAUAGCGUAUCUACUGGCAAGGGGCAUCUUCAUUUUGGGG